AUGGGUAACAACACCAAAGAUGACUUUCCACUUCCAAUUACCAAGAUCAUGGUCAACGCUACCACGGGUCAUGGGAGAUUAACCUUCAUGGACGGUUCAUCUGGCUAUAAUCAAAUUCGAAUGGCACCCGCAUAUGAGGAGAAGACGGCUUUCUGGACUCCGAAAGGGAUAUAUUGCUAUAAAGUUAUGCCUUUUGGCUUAAAGAAUGCAGAAUUUGAAAUUGUCUACGUCUCACAAAAGGCUAUCAAGGGGCAAGCAUUAGCUGAUUUUCUCGCUGAUCAUCCUAUUCCUGAUGAAUGGAAGUUCUCUGAAGACCUGCCUGAUGAGGACGUUUUGUUUAUUGAAAUGUCAGAACCAUGGAAAAUGUUCUUUGAUGGCGCAGCACGACAAGAUAGAGCCGGGGUUGGGGUUAUAUUCAUCACACCGAAAGGAGAGGUCUUGCCUUUCUCCUUUUCACUUACCGAAUGUUGUUCUAAUAACAUGGCCGAAUAUCAAGCCUUGAUUCUUGGGUUGGAAAUGGCAGUGAAUAUAAAGAUGUCUCACCUUAAAGUUUUUGGAGAUUCUCAAUUAGUCAUCAGACAACUCCUCUCACUAUAUGAAGUCAAGAAGCUGGAAUUCAUCCCCUAUCACAAGUAUACACUUAAACUGAUAACAUCACUUGAUUGUGUCGCUUUAGAACAUGUGCCACGAAAAGAGAAUAAGCAAGCCGAUGCCUUAGCAAAUCUUGCGUCAACAUUAGCAUCAUGUAGUGAGGAGAUAAAAGUCCAUGUAUGUCAAAGAUGGGUCGUUCCACCACUAAAUCAUGACAUAGAAGAGAAAGAACAAGUGGGUGUAGUUUCUGUCUACGAGAUUGAAAGAGAAGACUGGCGUCAACCACUUAUCGAUUAUUUGAGACAUGGAAAGCUACCUAAAGACCUACGCCAUAAGACAGAGGUGAGGCGAAGAGCUUCUCGCUUCAUAUACUUCCAAGGCACUCUUUACCGACGCUCUUUUGACGGAGUCUUUUUGCGCUGUCUCGGAGAAGAAGAAGCAACAAAAGCACUAGAAGAAACUCACUCAGGGAUCUGCGGAGCACACCAAUCAGGCCCUAAACUUCAUUUUCGGAUCAAAAGAAUGGGAUAUUACUGGCCAACAAUGGUGAAGGAUUGCAUAGACUAUGCUAGAAAAUGUCAAAGUUGCCAAUUACAUGCUAAUUUGAUCCACCAGCCACCCGAGCCUUUACACCCGACAGUUGCCUCUUGGCCCUUUGAUGGUUGGGGACUUGACGUGGUAGGACCAUCGCCGAAAAGCUCUGGGGGGCAUCUUUACAUAUUGGCAGCAAUAGAUUACUUCUCCAAGUGGGCAGAAGCUGCAGCAUUAAAAGAGGUCAAGAAAGAGACAGUUGUAAACUUCAUUCGAACAAACAUCAUUUACCGUUAUGGGGUACCAAGAUACAUCAUAACCGAUAAUGGAAAGGAGUUCUACAAUACAGCCAUGAAUAAGUUGUGUGCACAAUUCAAUUUCAAACAACAUAACUCUUCUAUGUACAAUGCUCCGGCUAAUGGUUUGGCAGAAGCCUUUAACAAGACUUUAUGCAACAUUCUCAAGAAGGUGGUGAAUCGCUCGAAGAAGGACUGGCAUGAUAGGAUUGGAGAGGCACUAUGGGCUUAUCGUACUACAUUCCAAACACAAACUCAAGCUACUCCAUAUUCCUUGGUAUACGGGGUUGAAGUUGUUCUUCCACUAGAAUGUCAAAUUCCAUCCUUAAGAAUCGCAAUCCAAGAAGAACUUUCCAAUGAAGACAAUGUUCGUCUACGCUUUGAAGAGCUUGAAGCUUUAGAUGAAAAACAUCUUGAGGCACAACAACGAUUAGAAUGUUAUCAAGCAAGACUUUACAGGGCUUUCAACAAGAAGGUGCGACCACACUCAUUCCAAGAAGGAGAUCUUGUCUUGGCAGUACGACGCCCAAUAAUCAUGUCAAAACGCAUGGGCAGCAAAUUCCUCUCCAAAUGGGAUGGCCUUUAUUUGGUUCAAGAAGUCUACACCAAUGGAGCUUAUAAAAUUAUCGAUGAGAAUGGAUUGAGGAUUGGGCCUAUCAACGGCAAAUUCUUGAAAAGAUACUAUGCUUGA